AUGGUCGUUGGAUCUUUGUCGUUCGCUAAGGCUUUGCCUCUGCUGGCCGCUUCUGCCAUUGCAGGCACGACUUACCCUCCCAUCCCUAGCGACCUGACAACGCCGUUCCAACAACGUCUCGCUGUCUACGGCCCCAACGCCGUCUCCGUCGGAUGGAAUACCUAUCAACAACUGAGCCAGAGCUGUGUCGACUUUGGCACCUCUCCUACGAGCCUGACCUCGCGCGCUUGUUCCAAGAGCUCCAGCACCUACGCCACCUCGCGAACAUGGUCCAACUAUGCCAUCCUGACCGGGUUGGCUCCAGCCACAACCUACUACUACAAGAUCGCAUCGACCAACUCCAGCGUGGAUCACUUCCUUAGUCCUCGUGCACCGGGAGACAAGACCGCCUUCAGCAUGGAUGUGGUUAUCGAUCUGGGCGUGUAUGGCCAGAAUGGAUAUACCGCCUCCAAGCGUGACACCCCUCCUGUAGUUGAGCCCGACUUGGACCACGCCACUAUCGGCGCUCUUGCACGGACGGUCGAUGACUACGAGAUUGUGAUCCACCCUGGAGACUUUGCCUACGCCGAUGACUGGUAUCUCAAGUUUGCCAACAUCUUCGAUGGCAAGCAAGCUUACCAGGCAAUUCUGGAGCAGUUCUACGAGCAGUUGGCGCCCAUUGCCGGUCGCAAGCUGUACAUGGCCAGCCCGGGCAAUCACGAGGCUGACUGCUCCGAGAUUCCCUACCUGCUCAACCUGUGCCCCGAGGGCCAAAAGAACUUUACCGACUUUAUGCAUCGGUUCCAAAACACCAUGCCGUCUCCAUUUGCUUCCUCCUCAACCAACACCACGGCGCAAGCUUUGGCCGCCAAGGCCCGAGGCCUGGCCAACCCUCCCUUCUGGUACUCUUUCGAAUAUGGCAUGGCCCACGUGGUCAUGAUCAACACGGAGACCGACUUCCCCGACGCUCCCGACGGCACCUCGGGCUCCGCCAAGCUGAACAGCGGUCCCUUUGGUAAGCCCAACCAGCAGACCGACUUCCUCAAGGCCGACCUGGCUAGCGUGGACCGCAGCGUCACUCCUUGGGUGAUUGUUGCCGGCCACCGCCCCUGGUACACGACCGGGUCCAGCAGCGGUUGCACGUCAUGCCAACAGGCCUUUGAAGAUAUCUUCUACCAGUACGGGGUAGAUCUGGGUGUCUUCGGACAUGUCCACAACUCGCAACGAUUUGCCCCGGUGUACAAGGGUACCGCUGACCCCAAGGGCAUGAAGGAUCCCAAGGCUCCGAUGUACAUUGUCGCCGGUGGCGCGGGUAACAUUGAAAACCUGUCCGAUGUGGGCUCCAAGCCAUCUUACACCCAGUUUGCCUACGCCGACGACUACAGCUAUGCUACCGUCCGCUUCAAGGACGCGAACAACCUGCAGAUUGAUUUCUAUCAGUCGUCGACUGGCAAGCUUUUGGACACAAGUGUCCUCUACAAGAGCCACGCGAACCGUUUUGUCAGCCAGUAA